CUCGGUACUCACACGAGCUGAUCUGAUUGCCGGCGAGAUCACUCAGGAGACCGGCUGGAGCGGAGCGUGGCCCCUGCAGGCAAAGAGAAGGAGGCGAGGCCAAGUUCCCGGUGCGCCCCAGUGCCCUUCCAGGCCUUUGCGCCCGCAGCGGGCACAGUAAGCCUGGGCCGUUCCUAAAGUAAGUGCGCCCCGGCACCCCUGCCCUCAGCCCAGGCUCCUGCCCUCUAAGCACCCUCUAUCUGUUCGUCGGUCCUGCACGACGCAACGAUGCCAGCCCCUCUGGAGACCUGCCUCUCGGACCUCGACUGCGCCAGCAGCAGCAGCAGCAGUAGCAGCAGCAGCGACCUGUCCGGCUUCCUCACCGACGAGGAGGACUGUGCCAGGCUCCACACGCCAGCUUCUUCCUCGGGGCCGCCCGGGCCGGCCCGCAGGGGCUCACCCGGCCUUCACGGGGCUUCCGAGACUCCCCGGGCGCAGGACGACGAGCAGGAGCGGCGGCGGCGCAGGGGCCGCGCGCGGGUGCGCUCCGAGGCGCUGCUGCACUCCCUGCGGAGGAGCCGGCGCGUCAAGGCCAACGACCGCGAGCGCAACCGCAUGCACAACCUGAACGCAGCGCUGGAUGCUCUGCGCAGCGUGCUGCCCUCCUUCCCCGACGACACCAAGCUCACCAAGAUCGAGACGCUGCGCUUCGCCUACAACUACAUCUGGGCUCUGGCGGAGACUCUGCGCCUGGCUGAUCAGGGGCUGCCCGCGGGAGGUGUCCGGGAGCGCCUCCUGCCUCCGCAGUGUGCCCCCUGCCUGCCGGGGCCCCCGAGCCCCGCCAGCGACGCCGAAUCCUGGGGCUCCGGUGCUGCCGCCUCCCCGUGCGCUGCGGCCGCCUCGCCUCUCUCUGACCCCAGUAGCCCUGCCGCCUCCGAAGACUUCUCCUACGGUCCAGGCGACCCCCUUUUCUCCUUCCCCGGCCUGCCCAAAGACUUGCUCCACACGUCGCCCUGUUUCAUCCCUUACCACUAGGCCCUUUUUGGACACCAUUGCCUCCCCCUCCCCCAGGCAACAGGCAGUAGAUGGGGCCCCAGCUGCGGGACCCCCACUCCAGGCGGAGGGAGGAAGCAGGAGCUUUAAAGGGGUGGGGGAUACCUGAGCCGCUUGUUAGGUCGCUGCACCCUCACCGUGUCUGCCCCUUGCUCUGUUUCUCCAGCCCUCAGCCUUAGGCCCCUCCUGCCCGCCCCUAGACAGCCUUUCCUUUUGCACUUUCUGAACUCCACAAAACCUCCUUUGUGGCUGGCUCAGAACUGACCCCAGCCACCACUUCAGUGUGAUUUAGAAAAGGGACAGAUCAGCCCCUGAAGACGAGGUGAAAAGUCAAUUUUACAAUUUGUAGAACUCUAAUGAAGAAAAACGAGCAUGAAAAUUCGGUUUGAGCCGGCUGACAAUACAAUGAAAAGGCUUAAAAAGGAGAGACAAGGCGUGGGCUUCAUGCAUUAUGGAUCCUGACCCCACCACGGCAGGCCUGCUCUGGAAGAGCCCGAGACGCUUGCGCAGCUAUUCAGGCACCGGGCUGGAGAGUACUUUAAUUUAUUCAAGAUGCUUCAUUGAUAGGAAAAUGUAUUUUUGUACAUAAAGAGUUUAUUCUAUUAUUAUGAGCUAUCAAAGUUUACAUUUUUGUACUUCAGAUGUUUCGUGUAAAUAAAAACUAA